GGACGGAGGAGCAGCGAGUCAAGAUGAGAGUUCAGGAGCAGGCGUGCUACAUCAUUCGUGUGCUUGAGGAUAGAUGCAACCUGCCAGCGAAAGUGGAUAUAUCAUCAAAACAUCCGUUUUUGAUGUAAAAAUGGAGCCACAAAGUGGUGACAGGAACACUGGAAUCCAAAUCAAUGGAUUGGACUUUCAGAGGCCGAACGUGCCGACCACUACUGCAAUCACCAACGCUCACACACAAGCCCUCCUCCAACAGUCAAAGUCAGAAGACUCAAGCGCUCUUCCCACAUCCGUCCAGCAGAGCGUGUUGCCUCAAACCCAGCUAAUGUUGACUGGGGGACAGCUUGCAGGACUGACUCUGACCCCAGCACAGCAGCAGCUGUUGCUCCACCAGGCCCAGGCUCAGCUCCUGGCUGCUGCUGUGCAGCAUUCAGCCAACCAGCAGAACGGCACCACUGGGGCCAGUAUCUCAGCAUCCGCAGCCACGCCCAUCACCCAGCUACCCCUCUCACAACCCAUCCAGAUCUCUCCUCAGCUGCAGCAGCAGAAUUUAAGUCUGCCCCAGUUUGUUCUAGUGCAGCCCGGCCACCCGAUCGGCACGCCGCUGCAGCCGGCUCAGUUCAUCAUCUCGCAGACGCCGCAGCAGAGCAUAUUGCAAGCCCAGAGUCUUCUAACUCAACUACCUCAGAGCCAAGCCAACCCACUGACGACUCACACGAGUAUAUCCCUUGCGACACAGCCUGCGACUCCAACCCGCACCACAGCGACCACGCCCCUUCAGUCGCUUCCCCACAGUCAGACGCCACCCAAACGCUUGGAUACGCCUGUUUUGGAGGAGCCAAGUGAUCUGGAGGAAUUGGAACAGUUUGCCAAGACCUUCAAACAGAGGCGGAUCAAAUUGGGCUUUACACAGGGAGAUGUUGGCCUGGCCAUGGGUAAGCUGUAUGGAAAUGACUUCAGCCAAACUACUAUCUCUCGCUUCGAGGCCUUGAAUCUGAGCUUUAAGAACAUGUGCAAACUCAAGCCGUUGCUGGAGAAGUGGCUCAAUGAUGCAGUUUGUGCAGACAACCUGACUUCUGACCAGGCGCUGUCCAGCCCCCUCGGCUCUUCAAACAUAACCAUCGAGGGGAUCAACCGCAGACGGAAGAAGAGGACCAGUAUUGAGACAAACAUCCGUGUGGCCUUAGAAAAGAGCUUUCUGGAGCAGAACCAAAAACCUACCUCUGAAGAGAUCACCAUGAUCGCCGACCAGCUCAACAUGGAGAAGGAGGUAAUUCGGGUCUGGUUCUGCAAUCGCCGGCAGAAAGAGAAGAGAAUCAACCCGCCUAGCGCUGGCAGCAUCAGCGGGUGUGGUACCCCCAUCAAAACUAUCUUUUCACCCAGUAGCACAUUGGUGGCCAGCACGGCUAUAAACACGCCCACCACGUUGACUGUCAACUCAAUAAUGCCUCUUACCAGCACCAGCGUCUCCGGUUUAACCUUCACAGGCGCAACAAUUGGGGCCACGAACACUGCAUCCGUCAUCUCCACCACACCCGUAAUUUCCACGGUAACCAGCUCUCCAUCUCUAAGCCCGUCCCUCACGACCAGUCAUUCCACCAUCGCAGCGACGAAUAGAAUCGGUACUCAGGCGCAGGCCAUCGUCACCCAGGCACCGACAUCCAUAGGCACCGCCACCUUCGGGUCGGGCCAGGUGAUGGUGGCCGGUCCGGGGCUGUCGGCAGCGCUUCAGGGGGUCACCCAAUUGCCCACAAGCGCGAGCUUCGCCGCCAUGGCUGCCGCGGCUGGGCUAGGCCCCGGACUGAUGGCCUCCUCCCAGUUCACUCCAGGUGGUGCCCUGCUGAGUCUGGCUCCCGGUGGCCUCGGCAGCACUCUGAGUCCUGCCCUCAUCCAAGCCCUGGCAUCGAGCGGCACCAUCCCGAUAACGUCUCUGGACGGAAGCAACCUGCUGUUUGCCAACACCUCUGCCGGCAAUGGACACAACCUGGUGACCACGCCGCUCUUUCUCAACCCCCAGAACCUGUCGCUGCUCACCAGCAACCCGGUCAGCCUGGUAUCAGCCGGGGGGGGCGGUCUGCAGGUCACCGCCGACUCUCACCACCAAGCCGCCACGACCAUUACCACUGCCUCCAAGGCGCAGUGAGUCCCUGACUGCAUCCCGAAAGAACGCCCUGUUUCCUUUAGUCGCGGCGCACUGUUUUCCUCAUGCCGCACAGGAAAUAGGGAGGCGGUUUGAUUUGGGCUCUGCGCUUCACUAACAAAAACACACAUCCGCUCCAUUGUAACUACUACUAUUUGGUCCCCUUGCUUUUACCAAAAAACAACCUCACCAGGUUGGGCUUUUUGAUUUUGGUUCUCUUUAUGAUAUUUGGACAUUUUUCCUCCUAUCUCAAGCAGUAGCCAGGAAGAAAAUGUCCCCCCUAUUCAUUUUGUAUAUACGUCCUAUUUCACUCUUUUUCUAACCAAAAAUGUUGGAUUUUACUCUAAACUUACUAACUUCACAAUACACGUCAUCACUAAUCCCCUUUACUUAUCUUUUUGUUGGACAGGCCUUGACAUAUAUAUCAAAAGUUUUUUUUGUUUUUUUAAUCUUUCCUGUAAUUUUUUUACAUUUUCCGAAUUGUAAGUCUAAUACUACAGUAAAUUAACUUUUUUUUUUUUGUGGUUGUAACGCUUUAAAAAGAAGUAAUAAGUGGUAUGGAUAUAAAGGUUAUCAUUGCUUUAAGGAGACCAGUCGGGUCUCUACGAGUUUCUCUUUCUGGAAACACUGACUUUUACACUUUGCCUCGGGGGCUUCUGUAAAAAAAAAAAAAAAAAAAAAAAUUGGUGCAGAUUGUAGACACUGAUAGAAAAUGACUGAAAACUUUUAAGAGCUUUAAAAACGUGGAGUGGUGUGUUUGUUUCGUAUGUAAAAGAUCAGUAUGAAGCUGAGACCUAAGUAACCAAAUUAUCCAGACUCAGUGGUCUGGGCUAAGACCACCCGUCAGGGGGUGUGGUCACCACACUAAAUGUUGGCUAUAUGUUUGUUUUCUUCCUUCUGUUUCUUUGUAAUGGUAGUACCGUCGUAUCUACUUGUGCACAGUAUCUGUACCAAAAAACUGGAUUGGUGAGCUGUUGUGGGAGGAAUUACCUUUUUGUUUUCUUUCAUUGUGUCUGCAGCCACUUGAGUGACUGUGUACUUCACAUUAUACCAAAAAUAUUUGUCGGUGUAACUUAGUCUAGUUGAUAUAUUUAUGAACAGAAGCUCUCUUCAUUGUCAGCGGAAGAUAGAAAUGCAAUAUUUCGAUUUAUUUCCAAAGACCUUUUUUUUUUUUUAAAGUCUUUCACGGUUAAUUUAAUUGGCAGCACAAUUGACCAAAAAUAGGGAAUGGCUGAGUUUUUUUGUUUUACUUAUCAAACACUUUUUACUUUUUGGAGCCAUUUGAUGGCGUUGAACCAUUUAAGUAGCAGCUUUUGGACGUCCGUAAAGCAGGAAAAACACCCUCUUUUUUAUUUGGGUUUUAGUACUUUCAGCCAUAUGACAACAGCUUGAACCAAAGUGGUUUUCCUCAGUAGCGGCCCGUGCCUGUCCCAGCACUCAUGUUGCUGAUCACAUGAUCUCUUCACGCUGCUUACUAAUGUCAGUACCUGUUAUUCUUGAUCAAGUGCGGUUGGGGAUGGGAUGGAUGAAUGAAAUGCUAGCAUGUUAAGAGGCCUCCGCCAUGCUUUACUAAUAGCUUUAUUAGCACGUCCUGCCAAGAGCGGGUUUUGGGGUUUGACUGGAAGGAUCUGCUGUCAACACCAGGAGUGGGCAUUGCAGUUAACCUCAGACUAGAUUCACCCAUGCCUUUCAGCAACUGUGCUUUUUAUAUAGCAAGCUUUUUAUAUAUUGCAGUCUAAUAACUAUGACAUCUGCAUCUAAAAUACUAGACGGACAACAUUGCGUAAUACCCUUUCUGUUCCAGCUCUGGUACUGCCUCCAAAGCUGAAGAAUUUCCACGUCAGCUUUAUGUCUGACCUUGCCUCAAUUUAAUUUCCAUUCGUUUAUGUGGAAUUGGUUAAUCGUGCCAUGAGGCGAUUUUGUUAAAACGGAGUGCACUACUUGACUGCAACCUGCAGAGGCUCUGUUGAUUUAGUCUCAACUGUCUAAAGAAAAAAAUCUAUGAAAGUUGAACUUUAUCCAUCCUCUUUGGCACCAUUUUCCGGCAUUCAGAACAUUCCAAGAGGUUCUCCCAUCCCAUUAAUUGAUGAUUGACCAUCAAAUGCCCACCCCUAGUCUACACACAGAUCCUGUCUGAUCAUCGCUACUGUUCAGAACCAGCAUGUUAGAUUUGCUGUGCCCCAAAUGUUUUCCAAAGAUGCUCCGGCCUCGUUUCUAGGACUCACCGGGCAGAGUACUGUUAUGUGCCACACAUUCAGCCAAACUCCACACAAUGCCGUCGUCGUUCUGCUGCUGCUUCUUUUAACUAACAAAUCAUUAGGAAAUCACUGGGGCAGCCAGAGAUCCUCUUGCGUACCUACUUCUUUUUCUCUUUCUAAUUGUGACUGAAUAUACCUCAGCAGCACUUAAAACAUAAGGUUCACCUUUUUUUUCUUUUUUUUCCUCGACAUUUCUGUGUACAGAACAGUGUGGAAUGUAUAAUAAGUAAUGUCAUUUAUACCGCGAUAUAGGACCCGAACAUAAAAGGACAACUACUGCUAUUUCGAGUACUACUAUUUAAUUUUUCUCUUCUGAGGUGUUGUUUUUUUAAGAUCCUUUUUGCCAAAGUAAUAGCCUUUCUCUUUGCAGCUCUGCCUGCCGUAUGGUCAACGCACCAAUGGAACCCAGUUCUGUUUAGGCGCCAUUUUUUGUAGUUACACAAGCGCGCUCGCCAUGGGGCACCAUAGGAUGUUACUAGAAUAUUUAUCUUGAGGAAAGACCUAAGAAUCAGAACAGUUCUUUUCUUAAUUCUAUACAUAUAAAUAUAUAUAUAUAUAAACAUGUGUAAGAUAUCCAUAUUUUAUAUUUGAACCGGUAUGUCAAAACUGAAUGUAGUGUUUAUGACUCAAAAAAAUCUCCCAAAAAUGCAUUUUUUUCCCUAUUGUUGCAAAAAACAUUUUUUAUUUUAAACUCUCAAGACCAAAAAUUGAAAAACAACACGACUCUCUAUACUGUGGCGGGUGCCCCGGUCUAUGAUAACAGGAGGGGGUGCUCCUGACGCACAGGUCCUCUGGUUGGGGUAAAGCGGAGACUCUGAAGUAUCUUUAUUUUGUAAUAUUGUGCUUUUUGUUUUUAAAAACUAUAUCUUAAUAUUUUUGGUUGAGUCAUUUUGGACUUGAUUUGCUGUGAUGUCUAUAACAAUCAUUGUUUUUUGGGGUUUUAUUGUUCUUACUUUAUGCCUUUAACUGUUUUGUAUAUUAUGAGAGGGCGAGAUCACUGGCUUUCUUAGUUUGACAAAAACGUUAUCAUUUAUGCCUUAUUGUUACGUACACGACAUGGUUGCAUUGUAGCAUGAGUGUGUGUGCGUGUAUGUGUGUGUGUUUGACUGAGGCAAAUUUCACCUCACGCUUUGUGUCGCCUGGUGCAUUGUCACUGAAAACAAUACAGUGUAUUUAUAGGCAUUUUUUUAGGAGAGGGGGGUGCCGGAUGCUUACAUUGCUACCUAUGUUUUUUGUUUGUUUGUUUUUUAAGUGUGGCUCGGACAAUGCCUGUAAGCAAAGCUUUACUAGUAAUUCUAGCAGGUGUGUGUGAGUGAGCAUCGUAGGAAAUAGACACGAUCUGCAAACCGCUAAUGGGGCUUGAAGCAGGGGUGGGAAACCGAGGGCUCCAAAAACUAAAAAGCCCCAAAACAUUUAACCCGAAUAUAAAUAUAAAUGUAAAAGGAAUCUUUUCCUGAAUCAAUGUUUUUAACAGCUCGACAACGCUUUUAUAACUAGACUUUAUUGAUCGUCAUUACUUCCAAAUUACCAUAUUUGUUUGCAAAUUGGAUUGUGUGAGCGACAGGUAGAAAAGGAGAAGGCAUUUGCGUGUAUAAAUCUGUAGAUUAUAAAUUGACCCGUCUUAUACAGGGUCAUUACAGUAUGUAAAAAUAUCUACUAGUGCUGUCAAACUAUUAUUUUUUUUAAACAGAUCAAUCACACUUGUGAUUUUUGACUAAAAUUGCAACUACCGUAAUUGCAUAGUUCCCAUUUGGUAAAAGUUUUAUCUAGAAGUCCUGUCUGGGUUUUGAAGCAACAUUUUCAUCCUGGCGUAUGCAUUGAUCUGAUCACCGGCCUGUGUUUAUACAUGAUUAAUGCCAUCAUUUUGUUUGUGACUUAAUGCGUUAACUUUGACAGCCCUAAUUUGUACUUUAUAAAACAUUAAUAGGAAACAGGCUCCCCCACCCUUACCCUUUUAAGCAUACAGAUGCAAGUUUCGAUUAGUUUCCCUAAAUUAUAUUCGUAGUCUCUUUAACCCCAUUUAGCGGUUGCAGACUGGCGCUAGUUGUUUGCUUCAAACACUUCAGUUUGAUCACAUGACGCACCUUUCCCGGUGGCUCGUAAACCCACUCCACGCUUGUUUUAAUUUUUUUUUUUUUUAGUUUGGACAAAGAGGAAAUGUGGCGCACCAGUAUACCUCAUUCCUAACUCGAAACUGAGUAACCUGCUUUUAACCUACUUUUAAUAAGAUUUCUUGUUGACCGUCGGAAAAGCCAGCUUAUUCCACCAGUACUUGCCUAUGUUUUAUCGCUUUCUUGAACACUUUUUGAGUUGGGGCGGGGUUUCCCAAACUUUGAAUGUACAUAAACUAAUAAACAAACACCAUUUUUUUCAAGAAAUUGGACAAUGGCGAUCCCAUUUUUGGCCCUGACCCUAAGUUUGGAACCCCCUGCCAUUAUUUCACCAAAUGCCCACUGUCUUCUAUACCUAACCUUUUUUAAGUUUGACAAUCCUAUUUAUUUUCUAGAGCACGCAUGACCCUGCAAUUUUAACACCCCACUCCCCACCGUGGUAACAACAUUAACCAAAGACUUGUAACUGAUUGUACAUGAGCCCGCCGCCCACCCUGCACCCCCAUCACGCUCACCACACUCACCACUCUCUCAGCUUUGGCCUGCAUGCGAAUGUUUUGGUGCUGCGGUUUUUCAGUGCCUGCGGGUGGGAGGACGUCGGGAAGGUGCGGGGGGAGGGGCUUCUUCGACGGGUUGGUGGUCGCCGGGUGAUUGUUUGUUAAUACACACUGAGGGUUGAUCCUGUGCACUCAGGACUCCAUGUCUGUCUGUCUGAGUGCUGUUGCUAGGAUACGCAUGCUUCUUCGCCGUCUCUCAAGGAAUUUGCCUCUCGAACACUCCCCACCUCCCUUCCAGGAAUGACACGCACCCCGAACUCACUACAUUUUCACUGCUGUACCCUCCCCUUACUCACUACAGACUGAUCAACUGUGACACUAUGCAUCUCCCUCCCCCACCGACAAAAACUUGGCGGGGGAUCAUUCGGUGACACUUUGCUUUACUCCUCACAAAGCGCUAUCUAUUCCAAAGCAAAACUCUCCAAAUAUUUGUAUUUUUUUGUUAUGAUUGUUAUUGUUUUGGACAAAAUGCAGAUACCAAAGAUAUCCCUCUGUCUCUCUCUCUUUCUUCUUCCACCCUGCAGCAGCAUGUGUAUUAAGAGACAAGCACUGGCUUUUUUUAAAAUCCAAGCCUCAGUAAUUCCAAAGGUUAGAUGUAUAUUUUGGUAUAUUUCUGAGAAAAAUGUGUGGAAUAAUAAUAUUAAUAAUAGUCUGUUUGUUGUAUUUGUUUCUCUCUCUCUGUCGCAGCAUGGAACUAAUAGCAGAGCUGUCUUACUAGGUUAAAAUAUAUUUUUAUAUGUUUUUGGGUGUGUGCCCGCAAUAUCAGCCCAAUUGACCAAAGGAUUUAACAAAAAAGAAAGAGAAAAAAGGCAAACAUGUACAUAAUAUGUCUGUGUAUCUUGAAAAAAAGGCAUUGUGUAAACCAAUAACUACUCACAGUGGACACUUGGGCUCAUCUAAAGGAAUGUUUCCCCACUUUUCCCUCCCUUUUUUCUUACUCUGCAGUCUAAUAUUUCACAAGAGAACUCUUCUUGUAGGGUUUCCAUCUUGGACUAAAAACACUGAGUUUCUUUCGACUACAAACAAACAAAAGAGAAAAAAAAAAGAACUAAAAAAAACAAAACAAAAAAACAACUGAACUGAAAGAUUGUGUAGGAGUUUUAAGUAUGUGAAUCAGGAUACAUAGUAGGUUUUGAUGCAUUUGUCUGCUGUAUUUUUGUUUUUAUACACGUAUAUAAAUAA